CGCCACUUCCGCUGAGGCCUCUACUUCCGCCCUAAGGCGUCCGUAAACCCGGCACUUCCGCCCUCACGCAAGCCCAGCUUUCCAACUGUCCUGGGUUUCCGCGCUUACCAUCCGCCAGCCAAUCAGAAUCUGCACAAGGACGGAUUCGGGCGCUAAUAGGUGUCCGCCGCCUGCAUCGCAGCCUGGGUUCUCUGGGCCGAUUUGGACACCCUACUUCAGCCAGGAGAGGGUGCGCGAACCUGCAUUUGCUGCGGCCUCUAGGGUACCUCGGGAUCGCCCCCAAACGCUUUUUCCGAGACAAGCAUCUUGCGGCCCUGGCAAUUCAGCCCUCCCUGAGGUCACAGGUCGCAGCAAUCAACCCACAAGUCCCGAUGGGCCCUGCGGGGGACGCGGCGAGGCCCGGGCGCUUCUUCGGCGUCUACCUGCUCUACUGCCUGAACCCUCGGCACCGGGGUCGCGUCUACGUGGGGUUCACCGUCGACCCUGCUCGUCGGGUCCAGCAGCACAACGGGGGCCGUAAAAAAGGCGGGGCCUGGCGGACCAGCGGACGCGGGCCCUGGGAGAUGGUGCUUAUCGUGCACGGCUUCCCUUCCGCCGUGGCCGCCCUUCGGUUCGAGUGGGCCUGGCAGCACCCGCACGCCUCGCGCCGCCUGGCGCACGUGGGCCCGCGCCUGCGCAGCGAGGCCGCCUUCGCUUUCCACCUGCGCGUGCUGGCGCACAUGCUGCGCGCGCCGCCCUGGGCGCGCCUCCCGCUCACCGUGCGCUGGCUGCGCGCCGACUUCCGACGUGAGCUGUGCCCGCCGCCGCCGCCGCACAUGCCGCUGGCCUUCGGGCCUCCGCCGCCCCGCGCCUCGGCCACGAGGCGCCGAGCCGGCCCCUUAGCUGACCCGGAGUCUGAGCCCGACCAAGACGCCGAGGCCUGCUGCGCCCUGUGCGCGCGCUCCUUCCAGGAUGAAGAGGGCCCCCUGUGCUGCCCCCACCCUGGCUGCCACCUAAGAGCCCACAUGAUCUGCCUAGCGGAGGAGUUCCUGCAAGAGGAGCCAGGGCAGCUUCUGCCCCUAGAGGGCCAGUGCCCGGGCUGUAAGAACUCACUGCUGUGGGGAGACCUGAUCUGGCUGUGCCGGAUGGGCGCCGAGGAGGAAGAGGAGGACUUGGAAUUAGAAGAGGAACACUGGACAGACAUGCUGGAGACCUGA